GUCGUAAAUAAUAGUUCUGGUUAUGAAAAAACUAUGUGGGAAAGAAUUGAGACAGAAUUGGAAGAAGUUGAUAUUGAAAGCCUUGGAUUUAACCAUCCUCUAUGUUCUGGAGUUCUAGAU